AUGAUCAAUGAAGAUCCCCGAAUCAAUCUUCAAAGCGCAAACCAUGCUGUCACCUAUGAUAAUACAGAAGGUGACGAUCAGCCCACGCAGAAUGAACCAACGUCAAACCCCAUAAAUGAUCCAGCAAACGAUCACCCAUCGUCCGCCAUCAUUGACAGCACUAAGACACCGGAUCCAAUUCCCGAUACCGUCUCAAGAAGAACCAUCAAUAAUGAUAUUGACCCAAGCAGUGCAAUUGCAUCCACAGUCGGAAUACAGGCAUCUGCUUACGAUGAUGUUGCUCCUACUACGGAAGACGAGCGCACCACAUCAUCGACCUCCACAGCAGAACUCGAUCCACUUCCCAGCGAGGAAGAGCCCCCCGCACCAGAGAGUACUACUGGAGCAACUCCCGAUAGCGAAACACCUGAGUCUAUCUCCAAUGUGGGUGGUAACGAUCAGUCUCCAGAAGUUAAUGCUAAAAGUUUAGAAGAAAGAAAGAAUAGAAUUUUUCAGUACCGUAAUGGCGACAUCCCGAGGGUAAAGCCACCAAGUACAAAAAGAAAAAGUAAUUUAGCUCUAGGUGAAAUUGAAGAUAGGACUCAACGCAAGAGACCAAAGCGUCAUAUACUUUAUGUCAACGCAGUACACUCGAAUCCAACUCCUCAUGUUAAACCCUCCUUAAGUUACUAUGAGGCAAUUGUCAAUAAUGAUGAUAAAAAUGAUGCAAAAGGAUACAACGAAGCCUACAUGAAGGAAUAUGACCAAUUGAUCAAAAUGAAGACCUGGGAUCCUAACAAACCUAUAAAUGAAAAGACGAUCCCUAGACAACAAAUAAUAAACUCCAUGUUUAUUUUCAACACUAAGAGAGAUGGAAGGAAGAAAUGCAGAUUCGUUGCAAGAGGUGACCAGCAGAAGGCUGGAACUUACAAAGAAGACCUCAAAGCAAACACGGUACAUCAUUACGCCCUGAUGACCAGUCUCAACAUAGCACUAGACAAGAAAAUGUUUAUCACCCAAUUAGACAUAUCCUCAGCGUACCUAUACGCUGAAUUGGAAGAAGAUCUGUACAUCAGAGCACCUCCACACAUGAAGCUCAAAGGAAAAGCAUUCAAGUUGAACAAGUCACUAUAUGGACUUAAGCAGAGCGGAGCGAACUGGUACAAGAUGAUUGGCAGUUACUUAACCAACUCUUGCAACAUGACAGAAUUAACCGGUUGGCCAUGCGUGUUCAAAGAUGAAAAUGAAUGUUUUGUAUGCCUCUUUGUAGACGACAUGAUCGUCCUGUCUAAAGAUAUCAAGGCAGCAAACAAACUGGUCAAAACUCUAAAGAAAAAGUUCGAGACCAAAGUGAUCCACGAUGGGAAAUUAGACGAAAACAACAUGGCCACAUACGAUAUUCUAGGACUGGAAAUAGAAUAUACGUUCGGAAAGAAAAUGACAAUAGGAAUGGAAAACUCCUUAACCGAAAAGCUUCCACAUUUAGGUUUUGAUAUCGAAAAGGAUAACAAGAAGUUUCUUGUGCCAGGCACACCAGGUGAACAUAUCCACAAAGAUAAUCUGGUCGUUGAAGAAGACGACUACAAAGAAAAGGUUAAGCAAAUGCAGAAGGCUAUAGGAUUGCUAUCAUAUGUGGGAUACAAAUAUAGAUUCGAUAUUCUAUAUUACGUGAACAUCCUAGCUCAGCAUACACUAUACCCCUCAGAGCAAGUGGAGAAACUCACCAAACAGCUGUUGAACUUCGUGUGGCAGUCAAAACACAAAAAGCUGAUUUGGCAUGCCAACAAGCAUACCAAGACAAAUAGGAUUACCGCUAUCACUGACGCAUCGUUUGCGAAUGAAGAAGGAUUCCGAUCACAAUUGGGCCAUUACUACUGCCUAAAUGGAAAAGUCAUCGGUGGGAGAUCAUCUAGCGAAAAACUGCGUGUCAUAUCAUCUACCGAAGCAGAAAUAUAUGCGGUAAGCGAAUCAGUCCCAAUGUUACAAGGAUUAGCAUGCCUAGUAAAACAAAUUGAUCCAUCAUCAUCACUUAGAUCGAAGAUACUAACUGACUCAAAACCUACUAUAUCAAUAGUAGAGGACCAAAGUGAAGAUUCAAGAGCGUUCAGAAAUCGUUUCUUCGGGACACGAGCUUUCAGGUUAAGAGAUGAAGCUAGACGCAACGAUCUGAAGUUCGAAUACAUAAAGACAGAAGAUAACUAUGCGGACAUAUUGACCAAGCCUACAUCAAUAGCCAUAUUCAAGAAGCUUACUCAUUCAUGGGUGAAAUAG